AUUCCCAAUUCCCAAAGUAAACACUUUUUCCCCCGCUCUCUCUUCUCAGUGAUCGUCCCCACCAACACCAACACCAACACCACACCACGCUCCUCAGUUUCGAUGUCGACCUAUUUUAAUGCUUGAUCAAAUACCUGGAAGCCACACUAAUGCACCACUCUUCCUUCAUCUCUCGCUAGACCUUGAAAAUUCUGGGAAUUAUGGGUUGCUUUUGGGGUUGCUUCGGUGGCCGGAAGCAUCGCCGGCGUCAGAGAUGCAGAGAAUCCGAUCAAGCUAGAGAAAACAAACUCUCUGUGGAAUCUGCAAAACCAUUUCAUGUGAGUGAUAGAGUUCCCUCUGUUUGCGAAAUCCCGAAAGCUUCUGUGAUUCCAACCACUGAGAUUUGUGACGAGGCUGAAGUGAAAUGCAUUCCAAGCCCUACUAGGAAGAGAGUCACAUUUGACUCUAAAGUCAAAACCUAUGAACACAUUGUGUUUGAAGAAUCUGUUGAAUUCUCGGAAGAGAGCACUGAAGAAGUCAAAUCUGAAGAGGGGUCAUUCAAGUCUACCAAGACUGAUCAGUCUUCUUCUGAGAUCAUUGAGGUUGUCUCAAACUCCUCAGAUUCGUAUCCUUCAAACCACAGAUACAAGAACUGCAGAGAAAGCGAUGAUGACAUAGAGGAGGAUGAGUUAAACUGCAGUGAAAGUGAUUUAGAUGAAGAUGAGGAUGAAGAAUAUUACAGUGAUGUUGGAUUUAGUGAGGAUAGCCUGUAUAACCCAACCAAAGAAGUUUAUACUGAAGAGACUGGGGAUAAAACAGAGGAGAUUGAUGCAAAGCUGAUAAGUUCUAUUGAGAGUGUUCGAUAUGAAAACCACUAUGAAUCCCAAGGAGUACUCAACCCGGUUGAAAAUCUCACUCAGUGGAAAUCCGCUAAAUCCAAAGGGAGAACAAUGCAGAAACAGUCUCAAAAGGAGAACUCUAACUUCAUCUCAGAUCAGCAAGAGAAAACGGAUUCCUCUUCUUUCGGCACAGACCCGCAGAUUGAUGAUAUUACACUCAGCUUCAAACCGAAAUCCAGAAUUGAACCCAAGAAACUGAGAAACCAAGAAGUGGUCAUUGAUGCUAGCCUUUCAACAUGGCUAUCAACAUCUGAGACAGGUAGUGAAUGCAACAGCGUCUCUAUGUAUACCUCUACACCUGAGAAACACAAAUCUAGCUUCUCAUCAAAACCGGUCAAAAUCAACCAUGACGAUAGACCUGUACUAUGCGCAUUGACAUUGGAGGAUAUCAAACAGUUCUCGGCUUCAUCGACGCCCAGGAAAUCACCAAGCAAGAGCCCUGAUGAGACACCGAUUAUAGGCACAGUUGGUGGUUACUGGGGUAAUCACUCAAAGGCAAUGGGUUGCGGCUCUGUAUCUUCAUUCAAGGGGAUACCGAACACCACCAGCAAGUACAGAGAGGAUAAGAGCGUAAAUUGGCAUUCAACACCAUUUGAGGCAAGACUGGAGAAAGCUUUGAACAGAGAUAAAUAAUGGCGACAUAGUAGAUUGAGUUAGGGAGCUUGAAGGUUCUCUUGGGAAGAGGACAGCCUUCGAAGCUGCUCCAUUGGUCUCCCAUCACUCCCCAGACUCUGUAACCAAGACUCGUUAGCCAUGUCCUCUUCUCUGACUUGUACUGUUUCACUUCCUUUUGCUCAUCUUCUAGCCCCCUGCAUUGUUCAGUUUUCUUGUUAGCGUAAACUAGAAUGAUUUACUAAGAGGGGUGUACAAAAUCGGUUUUGUGGUAAAUUAGAGUGAAUAUAUGAAAUUUUCAAUGGGUUUUUACCGGGUUUAA